UCCUGCAGCUGCUCUCCUCUCUUAACUCCACUCUCGCUUUUUUACUCUUUGCAGCAAAAAUGGCCACAGCUGGAAAGACUGUGGCAACUUCGGUGUGCCAUUCAGACCUUUACCACCUUUUGGAGAAUAUGCAUGAAGACGGCUUCCCAGUAGUCCUUGGCCACGAGGCAGCCGGCAUUGUGGAGAGUGUUGGGCCUGGAGUCACUGAAUUUCAGCCAGGAGACAAGGUGAUUCCUCUGUUCAUAUCCCAGUGUGGAGAAUGUCGCUUCUGCAAGAGUCCAAAGACCAACCAGUGUGAGAAAGGAUGGUCCACUGAUCGUCUCAAUGCAAUGUCACCUUCAGAGUCCAGCUUAAGCUGUAAGGGGAAGAAGGUGCUACAGUUUACGGGAACCAGUACCUUCUCUGAGUACACUGUGGUUAACCAGACAGCUCUGGCAAAGAUCGACCCCGCUGCUCCUCUGGACAAAGUCUGUCUGCUUGGCUGUGGGAUCUGCACAGGAUAUGGAUCAGCAGUUAACACUGCUAAGGUGGAACCGGGCUCAACAUGUGCUGUGUUUGGCCUGGGAGCUGUGGGUUUGGCUGCAGUUAUGGGCUGCAAGGCUGCAGGAGCCAAGAGGAUCAUCGCUGUUGACAUCAAUCCAGAGAAGUCUGAGAAGGCCAAGGAGUUCGGCGCGACUGACUUCGUCAACCCCAAGGAUCACAGUAAACCCAUCAGUCAAGUGCUGUCUGAGAUGACUGGCGGAGGAGUGGACUACUCUCUGGAAUGUGUUGGAAAUGUGGGAGUCAUGGUGCGGCAGAUAGAGAGUGCCUUGGAGUCUUGUGUGAAAGGUUGGGGUGUCAGCGUUCUGGUUGGCUGGACAGACAUGCACGAUGUAGCUACCCGACCCAUUCAGCUCAUCGCUGGACGUACAUGGAAGGGCGCCUUGUUUGGAGGCUUUAAAGGUAAGCAUGGUGUGCCUCAGAUGGUUAAAGCCUACCUGGACAAGAAGGUGAAGCUGGAUGAGUUCAUCACUCACAACAUGACUCUGGACCAGGUCAAUGAUGCCAUUGAACUGAUGAAGCACGGCAAAUGGUAUGUUUACAGUCCUACACAUUCUUCUCAAUUUAUAACUUAACAACAACACAGAUAAAUUAAUAGGUGCAGGUCUGCUCGUUUCUCUUUUA